UUUGGAAACGCUUGAGAUCGAUUGACAUCAAUGCAACCAAGCCACGACAAACUCCCACCCGAUCCCGUUCCCUGAUUCCUCCGCCAACAUCUGCUUGAAAUCGAUCGGUAGGAUACCAACUGAGAGGGUUUGUUUGAUCAAUUCUGGUUCUUUGAGCUCGAGAAGAUUGCGCUAAGAAGCUGAGAUGCGGGGGCGCGGCGGCGGCGGCGGCGGCGGCGUCAGUUGCGAUCGCAGAAUGUCGCGGCGAUGGAUGAUAGUUCUCUGCUUGUGUAGCUUCGCUCUCGGAAUGCUUCUCACGGACAAGUUUUGGGCAUUUCCGGAUGCAAACAACCAGAUCAUCUCGAGUAGGCGAAGGCAGGAACAGGAGCUCCAAAUCAUCUCUGAAGAUUGUACCACCAAAAGGAAGCAUACAGAAGAUAAGGAUGUAAUGGGCGAAGUUAGCAGAACACAUGAGGCAAUUCAAUCUUUAGACAAGGCGAUAUCCACGCUUCAAAUGGAGUUGGCUGCCAAGAGGAGCUCAAGGGAAUUGAUCGGCACAGAUGGCUCGCCAUCAGCAGACGCUUCCAGUGAACAAAGAAAGAAGGCUUUUGUGGUGAUCGGGAUAAAUACGGCGUUCAGUAGCAGGAAGAGAAGGGAUUCGGUGAGAGCGACAUGGAUGCCUCAAGGUGAAAAGCUUCAACAGUUAGAGCAAGAAAAGGGAAUUGUCAUUCGGUUCACAAUCGGCCAUAGUGCUACCUCUAACAGCAUUCUGGAUAAGGCUAUUGAUUCAGAGGAAGCUCGGCACAAUGACUUUCUUAGGCUGGAUCAUAUUGAAGGUUACCAUGAACUUUCUGCGAAAACAAAAAUAUUUUUUUCAACUGCUGUCGCAAUUUGGGAUGCUGAAUUCUAUGUCAAGGUGGAUGAUGAUGUUCAUGUCAAUCUAGGUAUGCUAGCCACGACUCUUGCUCGACAUAGAUCGAAACCAAGAAGCUACAUAGGGUGUAUGAAGUCUGGGCCAGUACUUUCCGAUAAGAAUGAUAAGUACCAUGAACCCGAAUACUGGAAGUUCGGAGAAGAAGGAAACAAGUACUUCCGCCAUGCAACUGGGCAGAUUUACGCUAUCUCAAAGGAUCUAGCUACGUAUAUCUCAAUCAACCAGCCGAUACUGCACAAGUAUGCCAAUGAAGAUGUAUCACUUGGUUCAUGGUUCAUCGGUCUGGAAGUUGAACACAUUGACGAGAGGAGUAUGUGCUGCGGAACUCCACCAGAUUGCGAGUGGAAAGCCCAGGCAGGAAAUGUUUGUAUCGCAUCAUUUGACUGGAGCUGCAGUGGUAUAUGCAAAUCUGUGGAGAAGAUGAAGGAUGUCCAUGAACGGUGCGGUGAAGGAGAUGGAGCAGUGUGGAGUGCUUUGUUCUAAUGGGAUAUCUCUGUUUGUCUGACCAUUUUGACAUCAAACAAAGGGAGAAAGGUCGCACCGUACACAAACUUGAAAUUGAUUCAGAAGUGAAGAUCACGCUUCCUCAUGAAAACCAUUCACUCGCCAUUUGAUCUCUCCCUGACUCCCUCCAUACUGUCAUUUUUGAUAAACUGCUGAUACUUGUGUCCUUUGGAGGAUUCUUGAUCAAAAUCUACUCGUAGGGUGAGAGUCGAAGAGGAUGAUGCAAAAUAGUUCUGAUAUGGUUUGUUUGUUUGUCGAAAAAAUAAUUUAAUUUGUUUAUGUAAAAUAUUUUUUGAGGAACAAUUUUAAGGGGAAAAUAGAUUAUUUUUUCAGUAAA